UCGACCAAAAAAACAUUCAGUAGCCUACUUUGCGUGACUGAUUUUGUCACUGACAAUAACCCAAAGCAAUAUCACGGAACAAGCCGUAUAUUUAUGGCAGGGGGCAACAAAUCAAGUUAAUCCAGUUUUACAUUUUUAUGAGUUUAGGUUUUCCAGCGAAGUCAAAUAUCAUUUUGUUUCGUGUACGUUACGGGCUAUGCUGAACAUUGUUGUAACUUUGCAAUGCGGGACUAGAAGAUUUCUGGAGACACAAUGCUAGCCACACAAACCCUAGAUACGGGGCCAGAGGCGAAAGAUGUCAAACUGGCUAUAGGUCUACAGUCUUGAAGAGACUUAUCGAAAACUAGCUAGCUUGCUAGCUAACUGGCGAGCCAUUUUGAUGGUGCUGUCACAAAACGUUUGCAAUGCGGGACUAGAAGAUUUCUGGAGACACAAUGCUAGCCACACAAACCCUAGAUACGGGGCCAGAGGCGAAAGAUGUCAAACUGUGCAUCAAAGAGAAGUUGGCGCUGGCACUCAAGGUUCUGCAGAAGCGUUAUGUGACGACCGAUGCUAUGGUGACCAGCGAGGACGGGGACGCCAACCUCCUGUGCUGUGCCCUUGAGGCUGUCUUCAUCCACGGGAUUAAGAGCAAGUAUAUCCGCUCUGAGGCUGGGGGCCGCAACCGAAAAGAAGGCUCCCGGGGACCGCUACCUCAGCCGGUCUUCUGGAGUUUGCUCAAGACCGUCACUCAUCGUGACGUGAUUACAGAGGUGGAGAAGCUGUGCUUCGUGGGUACUGACGUGGGCCGUUGCCGAGCUUGGGUACGGCUAGCCCUCAACCAUGGCCUGGUGGAAUGUUACUUGGCUGCGUUGUUCCGUGAGGGCUCCAAGCUGCAGGGCCACUAUCAACCCAACGCUCUGCUUUUGAACCCAGAAGAGCGUGGGGUGCUGCUCAGCUACCUCCAGGGCCUGGGAUCCCUCACCUUUAACCUGUCCUACAAGUCUUCUGUGCUGAACGAGUGGACCAUCACCCCACUGGUUCUUUCUGGCCUUUGCUCUGCCUCCCAAGGUGAAACCGUUGACCUUCUCCUUAAUGGGGCCAGUGGCUCUUCCUACUCUAAUAGCAAGGAGUCCUGGGAUACAGCAUCCCAGUCGUCCUGUGGGUCGGACACAGUAGAGGUGCAGCAAGUGGGGUUGGGAGCAAUGAUGGGGAGGGGUGCAGUAGUGGGAGGACGGUCCCCCCUGAACUCAUCCAAUUUGAGCCUGGACACUACAGGUUCAUCUCAACUCUCUUCCAGCCUGAGCUCUGACAGCCUGCUGCAAGGUCAUGACCCCAGGAGCUUAGACAAGGAGCACUGGCCAUGUGACCUUGAGAUAUCCUCGAUUUUAGAACACAACACCAAGAGGCCUCUUAUAGAAAAGAGUGGCCACUCCAGUCAAGACUCCAUGCGUGAAGACUCCGUCUCUGGUACCAACCUCUUCUCUGAGACCACUGCCAUCAGUGGCUCCGACAGGGAGACCCAAGGCCAUGCUGCACUUUGCCCAGACCUCUCUGACCUUCAACUUGAGACCCGAGCCCAGCAGUCGCCGCCAACAGAGAUAUUUGUGCCCUCGGCAAUAAAUCCCUCCCUCAUCGGGCCUGUAGGAAAAGUUGAGAAGACGCCAGACCUUGUGAUUGCUGAGAUUCCUCAAAUAAGGAAUAAUGGACCAGAGAAGAAGACAGAGAAUUCCUCAUUGAGUGUCUCAGAGCCUUCAGGCAAAAUGGAUCUAUGGCGAUCUGCUUGCAUGCAUAGCCGGAAAAUGUCUGCAGACAUUAAUUUCUCUCAUUCCUACUCCUGGAUAUCUGAGGAUGACAUCUACAAGCCUCACCUGGAUAUACUGUCUGACCAUGCCGGGUUGCAUGGUUUGGCCCCUGCUCAUGUAAACUGCUCAACCUCACCCCCUCUUGAGCCCAAGGCCCCCCAGUCACCCCCCAAAGUGAUUCACCGAAGACAAAUAGGCUUGUCAAACCCUUUCCGAGGUUUGCUAAAACUGGGCCACCUCGAGCGUCGUGGCACUGUGGGAAUGUGGCGUGACAACUAUUGUGAGCUCUCGCCUUUUGAGUUCCGCCUCUACCUCAACGCAGAGGAGCGCACUUGCUGCGAUAACUGCUCCUUACUCCGCUGUGAGGACGCUCGCAUCACCUCCUCUGAGGGCCGUUUUGAGCUCACCUUUCCCGGGAAGAGACUGUACCUCCGGGCAGCCAAUCAAGAUGAGGCAGAGGACUGGGUGGACCGCAUUAUUGAAGCCGUCAACAAGUGCCGCCCUCUACCCCGUUCGGAUGACCAAUGGGAAGUGCUGCAGUCAAGCUCCAGACAGAUGGACUUUGCCCAAGAUGAUCCUCCAUGCUCCUUGCUGUCAUCCACUUCCUCUGUCCCUUCCAGCCCAGAACGAAUGGGAACAGCCGCUGAGCUGUUAGAUGCUGGGGGGGAGAAACCAGUGCUUGAACUGGACUGGACAAGGCCCACUGACUUGGAGUCAGACUCCAUCAAGGAGGCAGUGCUGUACCUUUCCACCGAUCCCGAGGCUUGCACCUGGGUCCCCCUGGUCUUCUCUCUUUCCUUAGAAACCCUAAAAGGCUUCAAUGUUCAGGAAAAGAGGAAGGUGCCACUCAUUUCUCAGCCCAUCAAGGAAAUCCGAGACAUAGUUCCUGAUGUUUUUCUUGGAGGGCCUGCAUUUUUUAAAAUCCUAACCACCAAAGAGACCCUCAAGUUGAGGGCUGAGACUCUUGAAGAUGCGCGUUCAUGGAGAACUCUCAUCAGGGGUGCUCUGGAUUCAUACCUGGAGAGUGGGGAGGAUGGGGUGGCAGAGGAACCAGGCCUGCCCUCAAGCAUAGGAGGAAACAUUCACAGGCUGGUGCAGCACAGACUAAAGGGGGAUAGGGUGUUGUUAGCCCAUCUAUAUGCUGUGCCCAUAGAGAAAGGGUUGGAUGCACAGAGCUUCAAAUGUGCAGGAUGCCCUAAGCAGAUUGGUGUUUCUCUCGGGAAAGCCAGACUCUGUGAGUUUACAGGACAAUAUUUCUGUGACUCAUGUCACCUUGGUGACACCAGCAUCAUUCCAUCCCGCAUGGUGCACAAUUGGGACCUCAGUCUACGAGAGAUUUCCAGACAGGCCCUAAAGCUGCUAACACAGAUUGAGCAUGAACCACUGCUGCACCUUGACCUGUUGAACUCUAACCUGUGGGACCACACUGAAGACAUGAUCCAGGCCCGAAACCUCCGUCAGAAACUACGCCUCCUCGGAGAUUACGUUCUCAUCUGCCGCAGUGGAGUUGGCAAGAAAGUCCAGUCUAGACUGGAUCAACGCACUUAUCUGUUAGAAUCAAGUAAUCUUUACAGUGUCUUGGAUUUACAACAGAUAGCCAAUGGCCAGUAUGCUGCCUACCUAAACACCCUGAUCCAGUUUGCGUCUAGCCAUGUUCACCAAUGUGACCUGUGCACCCAGAGAGGAUUCAUCUGUCAAAUAUGUCAAGCCAAUGACAUCAUCUUCCCCUUUCAGUUUGAGACCACAGUCCGGUGUAUGGUGUGCAAGGCUGUCUUUCACACUGCUUGCAAGACCCAGUCACUCUCGUGUCCGCGAUGCUUUCGUCUUCAGAAGUACCUGGAAAGAGAUCUGCAGGACUGACAUACUGAGCUGUGUUCUCAGUGGGCGUAUGUGAAGCCCUCUGUUACAUGCUUGCGUGUAAAAAGGGCUAUACAAAUACAUUUGAUUCAAUUUGUUCUGUCACAAGGCCCCGUCUACCUUAAAACAACAGCAAGUGAGAAACAACAAGAAAAAGUUAGUUAUAUUAUAAUCCUUGUUCAUGUUAUAUGAACUAAUCCCAAGUGCAAUUAAAGUCAUGAAUGAGUCGGGGCCACCCACACUUGCACCCAAUGUUUGUUUCAAAGUCCAAUAUAGAAAAAAGGGACGUUUCAUUUCGUACAUCUCUGUAGUGGUCAAUUCACUAAAAAUGUUAAAAGAAAAUUAAUUUAAAAAAGCCUAUCAAUCAAAAGACGGACAAGGAACAUUUAUCUACUUCAUACACAAAUCAAAUAUUUUACACACAAAUAUACAUUAUUGUGUAGCAUGCAAGUAGUUUGUUUUGGUUUCAUGUUUACAGUACACACACGCCUUACACCUUGUUGGGAGCUUAAGGGGGGGACAAGUAUCUUUUACAACCUGAAUGUUUACUUGGUUUGACCUGACCUACAAGAUCCAUAUAAACACUUGCAAAACAAACUACUUGAAACUGUUGCAUUUACAGAUACUGAUUAUAUUGUGCCAUUAUAUUGUGCCUUCGAUUACUUUGAUGUUACCGACAAGAUUACUGUCCAUUUGUAGAAUUGUGAUGUUGUGUUGCAAUGGAAACUGUGCCAAACAGCAAUAAGAAAUGGUGAUAGCUUUUCACUGUCUCAACAAAAUACAUUUUUGUUACAGAAGUGAGUCGCAUUAUAUUUCCACAGUGCGAAAAUAUAUAUUUAUAUUAAAAAAAAAAACAUAAUUGUUUAAUGUUUAAAAGUAAUCACCAUACUUUUGACUAUAGACGUGGACCAUUUAAAUGUAAGUUAUUAUUUUAGAAUGAAUUCUUACAGUUUGACAUCCCAUUUAGUCAUUUAUCAAAAUAAAUGAACAUGGAUGUACAUACAAAUGAUGGUAUGCAGCUAGAGUUGUACAGUAUAGCUGACUGUCAGCAACUCGUAAAUUAAUAGAUACAAGAAAAUCAGGAGCUUAAUCGGUGUAUUGACUGGACAAAUCGGUGUAUUGACUGGACAUUUUUCUGUACAUGGCUUUUUAAAAGAUUAUUAUUCCCAUUGUUAGGGUUAGGUUUUUUUGUGGGGGGGGAGGGCAUAGUUACACUUCAACACAUUGGCAAGAGUGUUAAUAUACGACUAGCAUUGGAUUUUAUUUACAAGAAUCAAAUGAAGCCUAUUCUGAUACUUAGACUCAAUCCUGGACAUGUGACCUGAUUUAAUUCUCCUAACAUGCUGUAACCGCUUAGCUUCCAUGGUAUUGCAUUCAUGAUGGUUGAAUAGGUACCUAGCUGUUACUUAUAUCUCCUCGUGUCAGAUCAGUGAUAUAUACCCAUGGAAAGACAAAAGGUUGUAUUUCAUGUGAACGUGGCCUAGAUUAGUUUAGGCUGGGAUCUCAUUUUUCUGUCAGACGGACCAUAACCAUACAAAAGAUCAUUUCUGUUCAAGAUUUCACUCAUGUUCUUCCUUUUUGUUUUAAAUUGAAUGUGCAUGUUAAGAUUAUGAAGGGGUACUUGAUUAAUGUGCCAGCAUUUUAUAAAGCCAUUUGCAUUCAAUAAAUGACACUUAAUAGAU